CGUCUCGACAGCAGACAGAGGCUGAGGAAAAGGAGCAGCACGUUACUCUACCCAGCAAAUAUUUGAACCCGCCCAUAAGCGUGUAACAACAUAUUUCGUUUUCUGUCCUCGGCCACGGGGUGUAAAACCGCGGUUUUAUACGCCGUCGAAGAAGAUGUCCAGCGUUAACUGGAAACCUUUCGUUUUUGGCGGACUGGCUUCCGUAACGGCGGAAUGUGGUACGUUCCCCAUUGAUCUAGCCAAGACACGUCUACAGGUUCAGGGUCAAGUGGGCGACAGUAAAUACCGAGAGAUCAGAUACCGUGGCAUGUUGCAUGCUAUCGUCAGGAUAGCUCGGGAGGAGGGGGUUCGGGCUCUGUAUUCAGGAAUAGCUCCUGCCAUGCUGCGUCAGGCAUCCUAUGGAACCAUUAAAAUCGGCACAUACCAAAGCCUCAAGAGGUUAUUCGUGGAAAGGCCCGAAGAUGAGACUAUGCUGACCAAUGUGCUAUGUGGCAUUCUUGCUGGAGUCAUCUCUUCAUCAAUUGCCAACCCCACUGAUGUGCUGAAGAUUCGGAUGCAAGCCCAGGGUAGAGUGAUCCAGGGAAGUAUGAUGGGCAACUUCAUUGACAUCUAUCAGCAGGAAGGGACCAGGGGACUGUGGAAGGGUGUCUCUCUAACUGCACAGCGAGCAGCUAUUGUGGUCGGAGUGGAGUUGCCCGUCUAUGACAUCACCAAGAAGCAUCUCAUCCUGUCCAGCCACAUGGGCGACAACGUGUACACACAUUUCUUGUCUAGCUUUGUAUGUGGCCUGGCGGGGGCUUUGGCCUCCAACCCGGUGGAUGUAGUCCGGACGCGUAUGAUGAAUCAACGAGGAGGAACUUUGUAUCAGGGAACGCUUGAUUGUAUCGUGCAAACAUGGCGCUCAGAGGGUUUCAUGGCCCUCUACAAGGGUUUCUUCCCCAACUGGCUUCGUCUGGGCCCGUGGAACAUCAUUUUCUUCCUCACAUAUGAGCAGCUCAAGAAGCUCAAAAUAUGAGUUGUGGAAGAAGAGAUGAAGAUGAGCGCUGAUGCUGAUUCAGAGACGAGGGAGUUUCAACUGUCAGGAUUGGAAUGGAUUGUGAUCGGACCUCUGAUCGAUUACACGUGGCCUGAUGGAGACCCUGGUUUGCUGUAGGAAAGAAAAUUGUGUGUGUGUUGGCUAUGGGUGUUCUCUGACCUGCUGCUGUAAGGGGGCUUGGACUUUUGCACAUACUUGCUUCUGAGGUUUUCGCUCAUCCAAAUGCUUCAGCAAGCCAAAAUUUCAUCUGGAUUCCACUGAGAAAUUUGUGUUCCCCCCAGGAUGCCACACAGGCCUCCUCCGUUCAUGAGGCUUGUCUAACAGGCCUCUCCACUUCAAAGUGGUCUCGAAAUUGAGUGCCUUAAAGUUUGCCAACAGAGAAUGUUGCACAAGUUGGAGAGCUGCUGACAAUCACAGUGGUCAUUCCCUUUCAAAUACCAAGUUUGUUGCAGUUUGUCAACAGACUUCACAAAGGACCGUGUGCGUACUAUAGAUUUCUAAAUUGAGAGUCAAAGCCAAGAUAUUGAUUUAUAUUGUAAUAAGUUAUUUAAGAACAAUCUGAAGCUAUAAAAGUCAUUCUCUUUCCACAAAACUACUCGAGAUGAUCAGACAGCAAAGGACCUUCUUAUUGUAAAUACUGGUGUUUGUUUACUGCUUAUUUGCACUAUUUCCGCUGCACGUGAUGCCUGUUACUGUCGCGUCCAACUAUGUGCACGAUGCUUCCAUUGAGUUUGAGUGAAUAUUUUAUAUACUUCCUGUGUAAGCGGCCAAAUUACAGGAAAAUGUCACCUUUUUAAUAUUGAAAUAUUCAUGUGAAAUAAAAAAGAAAAGACCAAGCUGCUGUUUUACUAUGAUUUUACCACAUCGUGGUGCUGUGCAACCAUGUUCAGCUUCUGACCCAGAUGACUGUAGUCGCUGUGGAACCUUCUUAAACCCGCAAGUCCUCAGAUAUAGCACAGUUGUUUCUAAGGGAUUGCCCGGCUUCUAUCAAACGCGUACCACAAAGACAUCGGCCUAUGAAUUAUUCAGGACAGUCUAACAUGUAAUUGUUCUUGUUUCACUGGGUAAAUUCCCAGUUUUCCCCCCAUCAGAGCUGUUUAGAUGCUGACAGCUCAAGGGAGCACAGUAGGGAAACAUUGCUGAGAACGGUGUGUUGUUUGUGUGCCGUAUUCCUUUAUUUUGGGAGAGGCACCAGGGGAUUUAUUGUGAAAACUUCAAGUAAGCCACCACAAGUUGCAGUUCUGUAUUGCUUCUGGAUUCCCGAGUUUGUCUCCGUUAAGAUUUUUUUUUCCACGGAACAAUUCCAGCUCCAACCUGAGCCAGAGAAAAAACAUCUUUA